CGAAACAGAACCCAGAAUUGAAGGACUUGUUUGAUGGUUAGCUGGUGGUGACGGAAAUGAAGCUCUGGAAACAGAGUUCACGAGUGUUCAAAGAUCAACCUAGCCUCUGGUUAACCAGCCUGCGUCGAAAAUCAACACUCCGGAAUCCCGACAUCGAAGUCGCCGUCAUCAAAGCCACCAACCAUGACGAGUUCUCCCUCGAUUACAAGAGCUCCACUCGCGUCUUUGCGUGGGUACGCAUUUCCCCGGCCUACGUCAAGCCCCUCGUCUGGGCCAUCACGUCCCGCGUCGAGAAAACUCGCAGCUGGAUUGUCGCAUUGAAAGGCCUAAUGCUCAUGCACGGCGUGUUCUGCUGUAAGGUCGUUGCGGUUGAGCGAAUUGGACGAUUGCCUUUUGAUCUCGCCAAUUUUACAGACCGAAAUUCGAAUAAUAAUGAUGUGAUUUCGGGGUACAAUCAGUUUAUUCGGGCUUAUUACACGUUUCUUGACCAGAAAUCUUCGUACAUUUUUCUUCACGCGCAAGAAAAGCGUAAAUCAAUCGGCCUACACAAAAUUGGAGAUGAUCGAGAUCCUAAACUCGUAUCGAAUCCGCCUUCGAUGAAGCAAGACCUCGUUUCGCUGCAAUCAAUGCAAGGCUUGCUCGAUUCGUUAUUGCGGAUCAGGCCAGAGACACGUGAAAUGAGUUCGUACAAAUUGAUGUCGCCCCUGAUUAUUGAGGCCAUGGACUGUAUUGUCAUCGAGAUUUUCGACGUUUACAGUCGUAUAUGCAGAGCCAUUGCGAUGGUUCUCAACCGAAUCGACGCGGCUGGGACGGCAGAGGCGGCCUUAUUAUUGAAAAUCAUGAAAGUAGCCGUGUCGCAAAGUGAUGAGCUCUCGGCUUAUCUCGAGUUUUGUCAGAAUAUAGGCGUGCCGAAUGCUGAGGACUGUCCGAAACUGAAACCAAUUCCCGAAGAAGACAUUAAGGAAGUGGAGAAUUUAUUAGCACAACGAAUUGCGGCCCAAUAUUUUCUUGAUCAGGGAAAUUGUACGUCAUUAGUUGUGGCCGAUCAGACACAAGAUGACAUCGAGUGUCACGAACCGGGUCAAGAAAAUCAGAAGGCGUUGGUUGUAGCGGAAACUGACAAUGUGGAUGAAAAGGAUGAAAGUGAUUUAAAGACGGUCAUUACGAGCAAAUGGCAAGUGUUCGAAGAUGAUUACUCGUCAACAAAUUCUUCUGUGACACCGUAUGAUGAGCCUUGGUUGGCAUUAGAGCCUCCCCCGCGGGAACUUCCAGAUUUGAUUAGUUUCGACUAGGUGCAGAGACACGUACUCGGAGAGUUACUUGUAAUCGGCAAAUUAUCGCUCGUGCACUAGAAGAUUGAAUCAACACAAUGAUAAUUUUUGGCAAGUUCUCAGCCUGAUAUAACAACAAUUUGGAGCUUGUUACUCGGUUGAUAAAUUGAAGGCGAAAGCUGAAAUGCUGAUAUGAAUGUCCCUGCGUGGAAAUUUUGGUUGUAGUUACUUCAAUUUGUCAGUGCAGUGCAGAUGUAAUUUCUUUUUACAAAGAAGGAUACAAGCGUCCAUUCAUUGGGUUCAGUUCAGCAAGUAAAUUAACUGGACUCGGGUUGGGCUGUUGUAUAAAUGAGUCGAACUUGAACUUGAUCCAUCGAUUUGUUUAAAA